CUCUGAUGCGUGGUGCUCGGUCGCCGCGAGAACGCUUCGCGCGUGAGCAGCAUGGCGGCGGAGUCGUCUCUGCUUCCUCUUGCGUUAUUCUUGACAAUCUAUCCGCCGAGGUCUAAGCCUGAUUUGCAGCGGCGGCUGCCGCAUGUUGCGAGAUUUUCUUUCGCAUAGUAAUUUGCCUUCUGAGAAAUUUGUUAUGGAGAUUUCCAUGCAUGGGGCCAGUCGAACACGCACUUGUAGGUUGUAUAGGUAUUGUCUCUUCGGGACGUGCGUCGUUGACGCUCGUGCUUGCUAGAUCAGUGACGGCCAUCGAGCAGUCCAUUAGCUAUCCCGUUCGAGACAACCCAUGGACUAACCCAAUUCAUCCCGAGCCGUUGGGUUGCCGGGAGCUCUGCCUGGUAGGAAGCGCGGCGUUCAAUAUUUCUCGUCACAUCCACCGGUGUACGUCUUGGAGAUUGGCUAUAUUUGAAUGUCCCAUAGGAAACACGGCGCCUGCGCAAGAAUAAGAAUGGAGAGGGCUCAAUGAUGUGCGUGCAAAUGAGUAUGCUCAUGCAGCCGGUACUA